UCACGGUUCGGUUCCGUAGUGCGUUGUUCUAACCCGGUAACGUGAAACUAUUCCAAUGAUACUGUGACUCAACGUUGUUCAUGAAGAGAUUCGGACCGAUGCGAACUUUAAGGACCGUGAGCUGAAACUACCGCAGUAGUUUUCUGAGUGGCGCUAACUUUAAGCUAACUUUAGCUAACGUUAGCAGCUUAGCUCCUUGCUAACCAACGUUAGCUGCGGUGACUUUGAAGCCUCCUCGUCGGUCACGUGUCCCACCUGUACUAACUCCGCACCUUCAUUUCUUACCGUUUCACUGGGGGUUAAAGGGGGACCCGGUUCGUGAAGCGGAGCAGCGAGGAGCCGACAUGUCCACCGAGCAGGAGCCCACCGUCACCGUGAAGCUGCUGCAGCUGCUGCUGCUCUCCACCUACUGGGGGAUGCAGAUCUGGGUCACCUUCAUCUCCAGCUUCGUGAUGGACAACCACCUGAACAGACACACCUACGGCUUCAUCCAGAGUCGCCUCGUCCCCUUCUACCUCCACCUGGGUUCGGCCUGCGCCUUCUUCAACCUCACCAUCUUCGCCGUGCAUCACCCCAGCGACACGCUGGACGACAGAGAAGCCUUCCAGAUCUUCACCUUAUUCGUGUCGGUGACGGUGGCCGCCAUCAACGCGCAGUGGUUCGGCCAGAUGACGUCGGACCUCAUGGCGGACAUGCACCUGGUGGAGCAGGCGUGCGGACUGGGUCAGGACAUCGGCCUGUCGUCCAACCGCGAGGCCUACGCCAAGCUGAGCGAGACCGACGCCAAGUACCGGGCCCUCAGCGGCCGGCUGCGUCUCUACCGCCUGCUGUCCUCGCUCUGCAACCUGUGCUGCAUCGGCUGCAACUUCAGCAGCCUCUGCUACAUGGCGGAGAACCUCAGCGCGCUGUGAGGCCUUCGGGCCGAGCCGCGUUCCGUCCUCUCGCUCCGCCUCGUGGGUCAUGAGGGAGUCAGGGGAGCCUUGUUGUGUCUUGGGGAUUGAGAUCGGGGGGAUCGUUGGGGUUUUUGUCUGAAGGGGUGCAGCACAUGCUGGAUGUGUUGUUAUAUUUCAAUGCGACCGCGUCCAGGAGCCUGAACACGAGAGACGUUUAGAGAACUUUGUGCAUGUUGGCGUCUGAUCUGCAGCGGUUGGUCCGGCUCGCCUGAGAAGUCCAACGUUGGUGUCUUUAGUUCUGCUGCUGUGAAACGAUGAUACAGAACAUCGCUUCCAUCUUUGGCUCGAUGAGCUGCGUUGUUUUGUAGUGUCCAGCACCAUCACGUGUGGACACUUUUGACUGGUACAGUCGUUUUGUAUUGGAUGGAACAUCUGCAGCUUUGACUCCCGUCCCACCAAACGUUUGCUUAGUGCUCAAAGGAACAAACUUCGUCGAGUUGCUGGAGUUUUGUUCUCAUCUCAAAGUGGCCCAGCUUGUUUUUAGAAAGUCACAUUUGGUGACGUGAACGAACCCGUCGCUGCUUUUACAGUUUUCUCUGCUCCCGUUUGUCGGUUUUGUUACUCAUGUGUUCUUAAACCAAAGUAGAAACAUUAAGAGUACUUGUAAGGAGUAUUUAUUCAGAUGCUCCUUUUGUUUGGACUGAUGAAAGUAUUAUGUGACCUCAGGCUGCCAAAGACGAUGCAAUAUUACCCGGUUUGUUUUUUUAUUGUUGCCUGUUGAGAUUAAAAAUAACAUUCAAUGCAAAUCAUGACAGUUUUCUACUUGAACACAAAGGCCGAGCGGUUUGAUUUAACGUGAUUGUGUCUUAAUGCGUCGGUGGAGGGAUUGUAUCAGAUGUUUUCUUUGUAAUAAAAUGUAUUCAGCUUCAUGUUUGUAUGAGGUUCAAGUUGUAAUUUUUGCUGAGACAAAACCAAAUAAAGCCAGAUGUUAUCUUAUAGAAA